UGAACUGAAGGGGAAAAUGGGAGUAGCAGCCACGUGUGAGGCAUAUUUGAACCGAAUGUACACCUCACCAGAACAUCAGCAAAAUAAAGGCGCCGCCCAAUCACGAACACAACAUCCUACGAAACAGACAGAAGUGUUGGAAUUGGAACAGAACACUAACCUUCUAAACUGCGUGUACGUCAUUCUCACGCCCACGAUCACAGAACCAAACAACAGAGCUAAGCCAUGCAAUGAGGUUGUUCUCCGGCGCACAUUAGCCACCGGCACAAUCUCCCUUCGAUGUGCAAAUCCAGAAAGAGCACCGCUGCGGCACAACCCGAAAGCAGACGAAGCACAAACUCAAAUAGAAGCAUGACCAAUUCCCCUCGUCCUCACCGGACGCAAACCCUGACAUCGUCAUCGUCCAACUACGAUACCUCCACGAGCGAAGUCCCCGUCACAGAAUCAAGAAGCUACGUGUUCGAAAACAACAACACCAACACCAACGACUUAUUAGAGUGGUCAAAAACCUCUUCUAUCUCAAGCCGCGCCUCUCUCUCAAGCCUCAAAGACACGCUCCCUGAAAGCCCUAACAUCUACCACUUUUCAGAGAUUUCCGCUGCCACCGCCAACUUCUCCGCCCCACGCCUCUCUUCCUCCUCCUGGCGCUGCUUAAUCCGCCACCGCGAUGUUGUUGUCUCUCGCCGCAAUUUCCGCCAACAAAUCGACCUCCCGGAGCUCAGCCACCGCCUCGCCAUCAUCUGCCGGAGUCACCACAGCAGCCUCGUCAAGCUCCUCGGCGCCUCCGUCUCCGGCGGUGUCAUCUUUCUCGUUUACGAAUUUGUCCCCGGCGCCAGCCUCGCCGACUGCCUCCGUAACCGCCGAAACCCUAGCUACACCGAUCUCGUCACGUGGACCUCUAGGAUGCAGAUCGCCUCCGACAUCGCGCAUGGCCUCGAUUACAUCCAUAAUUUCUCCGGUUCAGACUCCGGUUCGGGAUCCGGUUCUGGUUUCAUUCAUAAUCACAUCAAGAGUUCCAGCAUUGUUAUCACGGAGGAUAAUUUGCGCGCGAAAAUAUGCCACUUCGGCUCGUCGCAUCUGUGCGGCGAGGCGGUCGCCGGAACUGGUGAGGAAUCCGGUGCGCGGAGGGUGAGGAUCGAUGGGACAAGAGGGUACAUGGCGCCGGAAUUUCAGGUCAGCGGCGUAGCGACGAAGAAGAGCGACGUGUACGCGUUCGGCGUGGUGGUUUUGGAGCUGCUGAGCGGGGAAGAGGCGGUGAAAUUCAAAUUCAACGACGACGGCAGUUAUCAGAGGACGAGCGUGGUGGAUACGGCGAGAGUUGCGGCGGGGGAAUACGGCGGUGUAAGGAAGUGGGUGGAUAGGAGGCUGAGGGAUUCUUUUCCGUUGAGUGUGGCGGAGAGGAUGGUUCGGGUCGGAUUAGACUGUGUCGGGAAUGACCCGAAUGAGAGACCGGACAUGGGUCGGGUCUCGAUUGAGGUGUCAAAGUUGUACCUGGAGUCGAAGGACUGGGAUCAGAAAAUGGGAACCGAUAUUGACUUGACGGUCUCGUUGGCCCCACGGUGACAGUUUUUUGGGUCUGUGGGAUUUUUCUUUUCAUUUUAUUUCCAUUAUUUUUCACUCCACAAAAUUUCAUUGUAAAUAAGAAAGAGAUUGAUGUAUAUAAUUCACACUUGUAUACGAUCACGGAUUGUGUAGAACGUUGGUGAUAUUUGAAGAAGGUACUUUUGAUUGUUUGUUUGAAUAACUCAACAAAUUCUGGGUAUGAAUGGAAAUAUACUUUGUUU